AUGAUAUAAAUCCAUAAAUUGAAGAAUAAGAAAAUUAAUUAACUAGAAUUCUUUAUGUCAAGAAUCUUACUUUUAGUAAAAAUGAAAAAACUUUACUUAAAUUUAUAUCUUAAAAAGUUAAUGAUGUAAAAAAAUGAGACAAUAAUUAAUAAAGAAGGAGUUUUUCAGGGUUAUGGAUUUAUUGAAUUUGAUAAACCAGAAUCUGCCCAAAAAGCAUUGCGUAUAAAUAAUUUGAUUUUAGAUGAUCAUUUAUUACAACUCAGUUAAAGUAAACAAAAACCAAAAUAAUGUGUGAAUAAAUUAUAUUCUAAUAGAUUUAAAUAAAAGAAAAUAAAAAUCGCAAAUAGAACCAACAAACAAACUUUUAAUCAAAAAUUUACCCUUUGAAGCAAAUGCCUAAGAACUAAGAAGAUUGCUCAAAUAAUAUGGAGAACUUAAAAAAUUAAGACUUCCUAAAAAACUUUAUGGAAGCAUUAGAGGAUUUGCAUUUGCUGAAUUUCUCAAUAACGAAGAAGCUUAGAAUGCAGCUGAAUCUUUAUAAAAUAUAAACUUCUAGGGAAGAAGAUUAGUUAUUGAAUAUUCAAAAGAAGAGUGA